AUGAAAAUUAUUUUAACUGUCUUCGUUUUUGUGGCUGUUGCUGCACAUGCUGACGCAAGGAAGAGAUGCUUCCCAGUUCCAACUCCAGUAGUUGAUCCACCAGUUCCAGUAUGUCCAAAUAAUGAAGUCUACUCAGAUUGUGGAGCAUAUUGUCAAUCAACAUGUGGCCCACCCACACCAUGUGCACGUCCUCCCCAAGAUUGCAAUCCUGGAUGCGUAUGUGCUGCUGGCUUUGUUCGUGAUGUUAGCGGUGGAAAAUGUAUUCUACGUGAAGAUUGUCCCUUAAAUGCUGUGUGCUCCUUACCGAAAUUACCAGGACCUUGUAAAGCUUUGUUUCCACGGUUCUACUAUGAUACGGAACAGAAAAAGUGCUUAGGAUUCAAUUAUGGUGGAUGUGAAGGAAAUGCAAACCAGUUUGGAACAUUAGCAGAAUGUCAAGAAAUGUGUGGUGGACCUACAGCUCCUGAACCAGUAUGCAAAAAGUUCGAAAUUUUCUCGGAAUGUGCUCCAGAAGCAUGUAAAAAAACCUGUGACACUUUAAACACUGCAUGUAGAGCUCCUUGUGUUCCUGGAUGUAAAUGCCCUGAAGGUCAGGUCUACUUAGAUGACAACAGGAAUGCGUGCGUUCUUGAAGAAGACUGCCCUAAAAUCAUUGUUGAUCCACCACCACCUGCAGAAUGCUCAAAGAAACACGAAAGCUACAUUGAAUGUGGAUCAAAAUGUCCACGUACAUGUGGCAAUUUAAAUAAUCCUCCAAUGUGUCCAAUGGUCUGUGUUGCUGGAUGCUUUUGCGAUGCUGGAUAUGUUCGCAAUGCUAAAGGAAAUUGUGUCCUUGAAGAGGAUUGUCCAGUUGUUGUUGUUGAUCCACCAGCUCCAAUUUGUAAAAAAGCUCACGAAACCUACACAACUUGUGGAACCGCAUGUCCGCUAACAUGUGAUGAACCACUUCCACGACCAUGCACAAAACAAUGUGUUAAAGGUUGCUUCUGUGACAAAGGCUACGUUAGAGACAAUAAAGGAAAUUGUGUUCUUGAAAAAGAAUGUCCAAAGCCUGAAUGUGGUAAGCAUGAAACCUACAGCGAUUGCGGUGCUAGCCCAUGUCAGGCAACUUGUGAAAAUCCUAGCCUUCCUAUGUUGUGUAAAGCACCAUGUAAACCAGGAUGUGGUUGUGAUGACGGCUAUGUCCGAGAGAAUGAUGGAAGUUGUGUUCUUUUGAAGAAGUGCAAGCCAACAUUGGAAUGUGGAGCCAAUGAAGAAUAUGAAGCUUGUACAACACUUUGUGGAGAACCAACAUGUGACAGAGCUGAAGGUCUUCACUGCGGUGCUGGAGGAUGUCAACCAAAAUGUCUUUGUAAGGCAGGAUAUGUCCGAGAUGCUGAAAAUAAAUGCAUCAAAGCUAAGGCUUGUCCAGAUCUCUCACAACCACCACCACCACUUUAAGAUGGAGAUUUUUAA